AGACCAACAAAUUCAGACAACUUUUAGCAUUCCGAUAGAAUGGUCGAAUCGAUUAAAGAAUUUUUUUGGUUUUUCAAAGUUUUCAUUUUAUUCGGCAUACUAACGCGAAACUAUGCCGCCAGAUAUCGUCCAAUUUACAGUUUUAUCGUCGGGCAAUCGCACAUCUUUCCGCAAUUGAGUGAAGAAAUUCGAAAUCAAACCGAAUAUUCAAAUAAAAUUUAUUUUAAUUAUUACAACAAUACGGGUGAACUAAUAUACCAUACGACCAUUCGUAAACUGGAAAAUUUUGCAUCAACGGAAUGCGAUCCAAAAGGAAAAUUCGCUAUCGUCGUUCCUGGCUGGCAAGAAAGUUGCGACGAACCGUGGGUGCAAGAAUUGAUCUCAAAACUAAAUCAUUAUCGAGGUGGAUGCAUAAUGUGCAUGAACUUUAGCACCUAUGCAAAUGAUCGAUACGUGCGAUUGGUGCGAUCUUUUGACGCGAUAGCACAUGUGUUGCAUAUCCAUUUACUAGAGCUGGAACGAAUCGGUUUUGAUAUGACAGAGGGAUACUUGUUUGGUUUUAGCUUUGGAGGUCGUUUAGUUUGCGAAGCAGCCCGACGGCUUGGAAUUCGUGUAAUAAAAGAUAUAGACGUCUGUGACAUGGCUGGACCUCCUUUCGACAUAAGGGGACCCACCGAUUUCACAUUAUCAGCACAGAACGUCCAGUGCAUACAUACAAAUAGUGGAGAUAAAGGUACUCGCCACUUUACAUGCCACCAAAAUUGGAGACUCGGAAACUGUGGAUUUUCACAAGAUGCUGCCCUUCCUGCUCCAUUGGGCUCACACGGUCUUUGUCCAUACAUGUAUGUGAAUGCAUUUGAGAACGAUUUCUAUGCCGUAGAGAAACCAGCGGCAUGCCAGUCAAAUCAUCCUGCUAGAAAUUGGCCUACAAACUUUAAAAUGGGAUACUUAGAAGACAGAAAACGUGAAGUUUUGGGUGAGUUAUUUGCGCAUACAAGUGCGGACUAUCCAUUCAAUGUGGCCAAAACUGAAAACAUCAGCUUUUACGUUAAAUAUGAUGAUGGUUCUGACGAUUUCCUUUACGAUGAAUUCUCAAUUAAAACGUCUACGAUUAGAAUUACGUAAUUUAGGUUUGUAUAUACUAAGAAAAUAUGGAAACAGUCUUCUGUUAUCGAUACCGGCCACAAAAAUAAUUGAAGAUCUCUGGUCGGUGAUCUCCUAUGUAAAAUAGAAAUUAAUCGAGUAAGAUAGAUUUUGAAUUUUGUAUAUAUUAAGCGAAAGAAGUAACCGAUACGACUGUAUUGAGAUGCACUUACAGUGUCUAAAAUCGAUAAUACGUGAAUUAAUGGCAACAGAAGUAUGAAAACUCUUAUUGGCCUGACACUUUUCAGACUAUUACCAGACUAAAGGUUCUUGUCAUGAGUUGGUCAGUUGAAUGUCAGCUUAUAAUAACAGUUUGUCUUUUCGCUACUAAUGAAAUUUGUAGACCGGAAAAGGGAUGAACUUUUGGCGAUAAGUAGGUUCAUCUCUCGACUUUUCGCGACUAUACUUUGAAACCCCAGUUAUUCAAUUUUAGAAUUGCUAAUAAAGUUUUGUCCAGAUUUAUUUUCCCUUUGCUUUUA